AGGUCUGGUGGCUCGUAAAGCAGCAACACUUUCCUGAGAGGACGAAGCAUCACACCAGAAACUGAAUGUUGAAGAUGAUGAAGAAUCUUUCUGGAUCCUGGAUCUUUCUUAUCCUCAGCACAAGUUUAGCAUUUUCCCUGAAAUCAGUACUGGAGAGAAAUUACAUGUACAGCGUUUAUCCAACCAGCUGGGAGAAUGCGCGGGACAUCUGCAGAAGCCACUACACCGACCUGGCCACCGUCUACUCAAAAGCAGAUGUGCAGUACCAGAACCUGGGGCGAUAUUACGCCUGGAUCGGCCUGGGUGGAAACGGCGCUCAGUGGUUUGAUCUUGUGUUGUCUGAUGGGAAGGGAUAUUAUCUCAACUCUUUUCAAAACCAAAACUUGGCCUACAGUGCAGAAUGUGCGGCAGCCAGCUACCAUGUCUGGAGUGAUGACAGUAAUCUACUAAUCAACAGAAUCUAUGGCCUGAAUUGUGGAAGUGAUUUCUUCUUCAUCUGCCAGGACAACCGUCCAUAUUAUGAGCGUAGUAACUAUGGACAGGAUUAUAUUUUUGUACCUGAAGCAAAGAGCUGGUCUGAGGCUCAGCAGUACUGUAUCAAAAACAGCUGGCAGCUGGCAAAUAUCGCCGGUUCUGAUCUUUACAACAACGUUCACAAUGAGAAUUUUCCCAUCUGGAUUGGACUCCAUAGAGAAGGUGGAACCUGGAACUGGACUGAGAGCCCUUCAGAAUAUAAAAGCUGGGGAAUAAAUGAGCCGAGUUCCAACGGCGACUGUGUCUCCAUGUCCUCCGAGACGUUCAACAUGGCUGCCCAAAACUGCGACAAGCGAUUCCCCUUCCUCUGCGUCUCGGACAACUUGGUUCUGGUGAAGGAGAACCGGAGCUGGGAGGAGGCGCUGGAGCACUGCAGAGGCCUCGGGUCGUCCAGCUACAGCGACCUGCGCUACGAUCUGCUCAGCCUGCAGCCCGGAGAGGAGCACGCCUACAUGCUGAGGAAGGUCCUGGAGGCCGACACUGAGGAGGUUUGGACCGGCCUGCGUUUCCUGGCUGGCGAUUGGCUGUGGGUGAACGGAGCAGACAUGUUGUACACUGACCUGCCCUCCUGCCCCGCCCCGGGGCAACACUGUGGGGUGCUGCCAAAAACUGAGACUGUUGGAGUGAAGACCAGGGACUGUUUGGAGAGAAAAAACUUCCUGUGUUAUCUCUACACAGCCCAUCAUUAAGAAGCCCGGUCAUCUCUGCAGCACAUUUAAGAAGAGAUUCAGCUUUUAUUUAUGUAACUUUACUUAAUACAGAUAGAUUUUACUGAGAUAAUAUUAUAAAAUAGUAGCUAUUUAGGAAAUAUAUGAAAUAUACUUUACGAGGAGUUUGUAUAAAUUACAAAUUAACAAUUUAAAUGCAUCUCUGACAUUUUUCAUUGUUUAAAGAAUGAAAAGAAUAAUUCAAGGAUUCACUGAGGUGCUGCCAUUUUGUUGUGGUUUUUACUGCCCUGUUGCCUUUUGUAUGACAUUUUAAGCUAAUUUUGAUUAGCUUUGAAUUAGCUCAGCCAACUCUGCACUUUAUCUUAAUGAUGCAUGAAACUGUGUAAGCAAAUCUUUGAAUAGAUGGAAAUUUUACCCAAACAUUAAGAGGAUUUGCUCUGUUUCUCAGCCUGCUAACAUGAAUCACUGCAUUAUCAUCCAUCCAUCCAUCCAUCCAUCCAUCCAUCCAUCCAUCCAUCCAUCCAUCCAUCCGUUUAUCUGAGAUCCUGCUGAGGAAAGUAACAGUGAUGAUGAGGGUUAAAGUAGUUUUGAGUUUUUCCUGAUAAUUUUGUUUUUUGUUGUGACUUUUUGCCUAAUUCAGUUUGUUUUAGUUUUUAGU